AUGAGUGGCCUUCGAUUCCUCGAUCUCAUCAAGCCCUUCACGCCGAUCCUCCCUGAGGUGCAGCAGCCGGAGACGAAGGUGCCCUUCAACCAGAAGUUGAUGUGGACGGGUUUAACCCUUUUAAUAUUUUUGGUCAUGAGCCAAAUGCCAUUGUAUGGCAUUGUGUCGUCAGAUACUUCGGAUCCGCUAUACUGGCUUCGGAUGAUGCUGGCGAGUAACAGAGGAACUUUGAUGGAAUUGGGCAUCACCCCCAUCAUCUCCUCAGGGAUGGUCUUCCAGCUCCUUGCUGGCACACACUUGAUCGACGUUAACCUUGACUUGAAAUCGGAUCGCGAACUGUAUCAAACAGCGCAGAAGCUCUUUGCCAUUAUCUUGGCCAUGGGUCAGGGUACUGUCUACGUGUUCACUGGUCUCUAUGGUCAACCAUCCGACCUUGGCGCCGGUAUCGUCUUCCUUCUGAUCCUCCAAUUGGUUGUUGCUGGGUUGGUUGUUAUUCUCCUUGAUGAGCUCCUCCAGAAGGGAUAUGGUCUUGGAAGCGGUAUCUCCCUUUUCAUUGCCACAAACAUCUGCGAAUCCAUCAUGUGGAAGGCAUUCUCCCCUACCACCAUCAACACCGGCCGUGGACCCGAAUUUGAGGGCGCAGUUAUUGCGCUUUUCCACUUGCUCUUGACCUGGCCAAACAAGCAACGUGCGCUUCAAGAGGCGUUCUAUCGCCAAAAUCUCCCCAACAUCAUGAACUUGAUUGCAACUCUCGUCGUUUUCGCCUCCGUUAUCUACCUCCAGGGCUUCCGCGUCGAGAUCCCAGUCAAGUCAUCCCGUCAACGUGGCGCGCGUGGAUCUUACCCAGUCCGCCUGUUCUAUACCUCGAACAUGCCUAUCAUGCUGCAAUCAGCUCUUUCCACCAACGUCUUCCUCAUCAGCCAAAUGCUCUAUUCUCGCUUUGGCGAGAACUUACUUGUCCAACUCUUCGGUGUCUGGGAGCCAAAGGAGGGAUCCGCUCAGCUUUUCGCUGUCUCCGGCCUUGCAUACUACAUGUCGCCGCCAUUGAAUUUCACUGAUGCCCUCCUCGACCCCAUCCACACCGUUGUCUACAUCAUCUACAUGCUUGUUGCCUGUGCCGUUUUCUCCAAGACCUGGAUUGAGGUUUCUGGUUCCAGCCCCCGCGAUGUUGCUAAGCAGCUCAAGGAUCAGGGACUCGUCAUGGCCGGCCACAGAGAGCAGAGCAUGUACAAGGAAUUGAAGCGUAUCAUUCCUACUGCUGCUGCUUUUGGCGGCGCCUGCAUUGGAGCUCUCUCUGUUACGAGCGACUUGCUCGGGGCCCUCGGCUCCGGCACUGGUAUCUUGAUGGCUGUCACUAUCAUCUACGGCUACUUCGAAAUUGCCGCUAAGGAGGGUGAUGCCGCAGGAUUGAAGGGUAUGAUCAUGGGAUAG